GGGAAGUGUGGAUGCAAUUGGUGCUUUAGAUAAAUAAAACUAUAUUUUAGUUUAAAUCAUUGUAAUGUAGCCUUGUUAAUGAUUCGUAAUUAUAUGUACAUAAUGUACGUAGUAUGAAUUUUAUUAAAGCAAAUAAAUUACUUAUUGAUUAAUUCAAACCAGAUUCCAGGGCAAGUAUUUUAUCCAUUUCUGUCAAUCUAGUUUUGUUUUCAAUAGUAGGAAAUGUCACAAUAAUCUCGUUUUAGCCAAUCACCGUGGAGAAUGACAAGGUACCGAAAAUAUAUCGUAUCUGUCAUUGGCUGAAACGGUUUCCACCAAAAUGCAAAAAUCUAAAUAAAAUCAAUGCAUGUCAUAUUAACAUUGUCAAAUGCUAGUUAUCCUCGCAUCCUCUUGUCUGCCAUUAAUAAACAUUAAAACAAAAACAAGAUAUUUAUUAUUAUAUUGUUGUUAACAUAUUCAGCCUGUAAUUAUUCAAUAGCAUCGUUUAAACUUUGAGUUUCUUGCCCAAAGUGUGGAUAAUAAUGUGACUGGAUUAAAACACUGACUUGGACUCGAAGUGAAUUAAACUAACUAAAGUGAGGACUUUUACAGAUUUAAACUUAGGACUACUUGGAAUUUUAUGUGUGUUAAAUUAUUAGGGUUGGAUAGCCGAGGGUUGCGAGGAGGGCUGCGUCACGUGCGAGGUCCGCACUCCGCAACACCACGCAUGCGAGACCGCGGGGCGCCGCCAGCGCCUGCGCGAUCCGCCGGCAGUCAGUCCACCGCCGGCCGCCGCGCGCCCUGCCUGUGCCCCGCGCGCCGCGAGUGUUCCAAGUGAUGUCGCUCUGUGACUAGUGCCAUGCUCGUGCUCCGCUGUGCCCUGCUGGCGGCACUACUCGCCACCGCCGCCGCCGCCUGGCAGGAGAACGUGCGCCCGAAAGUCUUCGCCCAACUAGGCGUGGACGACACACACAAGUUUUUGGGCAACGAAACACACACAGACUACUUCAGAUUAUUAUUAAGAGACGGCAACUAUCUGCUCGUCGGUGGAAGAAAUGUGGUGUACAACCUCAGUUUGACAGACUUGACAGAACAGCGUCGGCUGGUCUGGUACUCGCCGGAGAAUGACGUCAAAAUGUGUGUCGUCAAGGGAAAGGAUGAGGAGAGUUGUCAAAACUACAUCCGCGUGCUCGUGUCCCUGGGCACGGGCAGGUUGCUGGUCUGCGGCACCAACAGCUUCCGGCCCUUCUGCCGCGAGUACGGCGUCCAACGGGACUCGUACCACAUGGAGAAGGAGAAGUCCGGUCAAGCCGUCUGCCCGUACGAUCCCGAUCACAACUCUACGGCUGUGUGGGCUGAUGGAGAGCUGUACUCUGGCACAGUGGCAGACUUCAGUGGCAUGGAGCCAAUCAUUUAUCGGGAGCCUUUACAAACAGAAUCAUAUAACUCGCUAACUUUAAAUGCUCCGGACUUCGUGAAUUCAUUAGUACAUGGGAACUUCGUGUAUUUCUUCUUCAGAGAAACAGCUGUUGAAUAUAUCAACUGUGGAAAGUCGGUGUUUUCCCGCGUGGCCCGGGUGUGCCGCGACGACCGCGGUGGCCCGCACCGCUUCAAGCAGCGGUGGACGUCCUUCCUCAAGUCCCGGCUCAACUGCUCUGUGGCCGGAGACUUCCCUUUCUACUUCAAUGAGAUUCAAUCAACGACAGAAUUAAUAGAAGGCGUUUAUGGUGGUUUAAGCGCCCAGCUCAUCUACGGAACAUUCACGACGCCGCCUAACAGUAUAUCGGGAAGCGCCGUUUGUGCCUUCAGUAUGCAAGACAUAGCUGACACUUUCGAGGGCACCUUUAAAGAACAGAGUGCUAUUAACUCCAAUUGGCUACCUGUCAAUGGUGCAAAGGUACCCGAGCCAAGACCAGGAACCUGCCACAAUGAUUCGCGGCAGUUGCCAGAUCAGACGCUAGAAUUCAUCAAAACCCACGCACUGAUGGAUGAAGCGGUACCCGCGUUCUUUGGCGAGCCUAUCGUCAUAAGAACCAGUUUUCACUAUCGGUUUACGCAGAUCGCUGUAGAUCCACAAGUGAAAACGCCCGGAGGGAAGUCGUAUGAUGUGCUGUUUAUAGGAACAGAUAACGGCAAGAUUAUAAAAGCCAUCAACGCCGCAUCGUACGACUCCAACAAGCGCGCAGUGCCGGUGGUGAUCGAGGAGCUGCAGGCCUUCGCGGCCGGCUCGCCCGUGCGCGCGCUGCGCGUGGCGCGCGCCGGCCGCGACGCGGCGCGCCUCAUCGCCGUGUCCGACCGCGAGGUGCUCAGCUUGAGGCUGCAUAGGUGCUCCAGCGACAAGAUCAGCUCUUGCUCUGAAUGCGUGGCCCUCCAAGAUCCGUAUUGCGCCUGGGACAAGCAGGCCGGUCGGUGUCGUGCCAACUCUCAUGGUGUUAGUCGGUGGUUGGACGAGAAUUCUUUCUACCAAAGCGUCAGCACUGGCAGCCACGCCGCUUGUCCGCACAGUGGCAAAGAUGCUGGUGCAGUAGGAGGACUGAGUUCCGGUCUCUACGACGAUGCGAGAGGUGAAACCAAAGGCGAAGUCAUCAACAUUGUACAAGACAAAGAGGGCAAAGGAAAUAACAACAAUGAAGGCCCCGAGGUGCUGGCGGCCGACCCGCCGCCGGCCGCGUACUCCGUGGAGACGCUGGCGCUGGCCGUGGCCGCGGGCGCGCUGGCCGCGCUGGGCGCCGGCUUCGCGGCCGGCUACGUCUGCGGCCGCCGCUGCAAGAAGGACGAGGACGACAACAUGCCCUACCCCGACACCGAGUACGAGUAUUUCGAGCAGAGGCAGAAUAUUAAUAGGAUCCAAGCCGAGCCUAAGCUCCUCCAACAAGUGGAAGAAGUGACCUACGCGGAGCCGGUCCUGGCGCCGCAGCCGAAGCCGGCGUCGCCGCGCGCCACGCUGCGCAAGCACCCGCCGUACCACCCGCACCACGAGACGCUGUUCCAGUUCCAGCCGGACGCCUACCGCCGCGACAACUUCGGCACGCUGCGAUCGCAUCAGGUCAAUGGCGACGGCUACCGGCGCGGCAACGACAACGGCUUCUCGACCACGCGCUCCGUGAAGAAGGUGUACCUCUGAGAAACGAGCGGGGCGGACGCGCGCGACCAGAUGCACCAUCAUAAGCAUAAUACGCACCACCACCAUACGUUGGUGUCGCAGCGCAGCAGCGGGUCCGGGUCAGGGUCGGGGAGCGGCGGCGGCUCGAGCUCGUCGCCGUCGCCGCCGUCGUCGUCGCCGUCGCCGUCGGCCGAGCGGCCGCCCACGCCGCCGCCGCCCGCGCCGCAGCCCUGCGCCUACAUCUACCGCAACUAGCGCCGCCCCGCAUCCGCCUCCGCGCCCGCUCCGCCUCCGCCGGCCCGGGCCCACCUAAUGUCAAGUGAGAACGUUCCCGACUCGAAUUGUUAGACCUCUUUUGUUAUCGCUGAAGUGAAAGCGCCGACCGGUGACGGACUUUUCUUCCGGAAUAAAUACGUACCGGUGAUGACCCACAUUCUAAAGUUUUGAUCGGAAGUGUGACUAAAAUAAUGUAUUUUUUUUAAGACGGGAUUAUCGAUUGGUAAAAUUAAGAUGAAUAAUGUAACAAAUUGUAGAUUCUCUAGUUAUAGUUUACUAAUAAUUUAGGCGAAGAUUAUAAGUUUUUGUUGAUAAUGUUGAUGACUAGUUAAUGUGAAAUGUGCGUGUGUCAUUGCAAAUUUUGGUUUACUUUGAAUCGGUACAAUCGGCUACAAAAAUAUCUAGUCUACAAACUAAAAUAUCUUAAUAUGCAUUCUAUUGUCAGAGAAAUUGAGACGAUGCCAAGAUUUUUUGGAAUAAUUAGCAGGAUAGAUAUUUCUGCUGCCCCUACAUACGUACUAUCGGUUAGAGAAGUUUGUGCCCAUAGCUUGAAAGAAAUGUGCAAUGAUUCCGCAAAUCGCUUUUUACAUAAGUACGUAUUUGUAGCGGUACGUCGAUAAGUAUAGGGGAGGGCGUUGUCUCAUUCUGGAGUUCUAGCGAUACUACUAGAGUAAACGAUGAUUAUAACGUAUAGUUGAAACACAAAAUAUGAUAUAUAUUAUAUUACCGUGUAUAAACGAUAUGUAAAGUUCUGAAACUUAUUCAUUCAUUAAAGUGCUUCUUAUGGGUGUAUUUAGAUGAUUAUUGGAUCGUUUUGAUAAUUAAAUAUUCGAUAAUGUUAUAGAUUUAGUGAUGUAUACAUAGGUACCUACUUAGCGUUAAGGGGGCACAGUGCUGCCGCAUGCCAAUUUAGAUUGUUGGUGCGUCAAAGUAAGUUACAACCUGUAACUGUGAUCAUUCUGUACAUACAUUCUGUUACGACUUCUCCUUUGUAGUCUACGGGUCGUGUAUAAAAUUUCCAGAAAAGUGGGCCAAACUAUUAAACAUUCUUGAAAAUUUCUUGCUACAAAAUUACACCACAAAACGUACCACGAAGGGCUGAACAGGCAGAGUAACAACUGAGACAGCUUCGUACAACCGCACAUGUGCGCGAUGUGGUCACUGACAAUGAGGACUUGUCGAAGAUUUGUCUUGUAAACGUCCGUAUGGAACCGUAGAACCUAAUAUGAUCUUUCAGUACGAUUGUACGAAGAUGUUUACUCUGUUGGUUUACUCCUCUGUGCGAAUACUUAGGUACGAUGUUUGAAACGCUUAAUGUUUAUGUUUUCGCGUACCUAUAUUGGAUCCCGCGUUAGUGUUCAGAUCAUCAUCGCUCAUUGUUGACAAUUGAAUGUAUGUAAAAAAAUGUCAAUUCUAUUUGUAAUGACUUAGUGCCUAAGUAUGUGGCAGGAUUGUAAUUGAUAUUACAUGACUCAGAUUUCCUUUGAACUGAUGUUAGAAUGAGAUAGACGCAUUAGAGUAGCGGUUACAAUAGAAGGUUGAGGCGUGGAGACCGCAGUGUUACGUAGAUAUUUUUAUACGCCAUAAAUAAUUAUAGAGGCAUUCUCAAGACGGCCUUGUUCAUACCUACUCAUGAAUAUCCGCAUUUGGACUUAAUUAUUUGACAUUUUCAAUAUUUAAGCAGAGACGAGUAAAUAGUAAAGCCUGAUAGUCUGCAUACAAGGUUGCGUUCUUCCAUAACAAAGUUUAAUUGGAUACCGUCCGUGCACGGUGAAAGAGAUUUCGAGCCAUAUAUUUUGUCACAUUCUGAAAAGAACUUUCAUACGUAAGCGUUCUAACAUUCUUAAGCGACGUCCUUGGUGUACUGAGAUAUCUUAUAGUGGUGCCAUCUAGUGUAACUCUCCAUUUCGAAGAAACCGCAACUUUGUCUUGAGAUUAGCAUUCUUUAUAUUUACUUGUCUGUGAUUUGAAACGUUUGAGUAUUCCACUUGGCGCUUGCAACGACAUUUCAUUGAGAUCUCUAGAUGUUUUUUAGGGAAAUCGUUACGAGAAACAAGUAGACUACACUCUUUAUGAUACCAAAGAUGCCAUGAGUUGUAUUAUACGUAGAAUAGUGGUUUGUUUAUACUAAUGUAACCAACAUUACAUUCAAUUACUGAUAACGUUGAUUUUUGUAGUCUGAGGAAAAAGGACCUUAAUGCAACUUGCGAGAAACUUACCACAAAGUGCACUAUGGUCCCUUUUUCCAGGGUUACACAUUGUGUAAAUUUACUGCCGAUUAGUAUCAACUAUGAAUUGUAUAAUUAUUUUAUGUUUAGUUUACCAAAGUCAACGCACAGUUAGAUUUAUCGUUAAUUUAACAUGUGUUAAGUGAAUAGAUGCUUUACACUGCCAGUCUUGUUUUUUAUGUUUACGGACUAUGAAAAUGGUAAUCUAUAGCGAAAAUAAAUAGCGCUACAGAGCCCUAUUUUAAUAAGCCACAAAUUACAAUUGUAUAACUUUAAACUGGCAACACUUAACAAAUCGCGCAUCGUCAUUGGCCAUGCCUAUGUCAAUCAGUCCAAUGUUGCCAGUUUAUAUUUAUAAAAUGGUAAUAUGUUGCUAACUAAUAAUUUUUUAUUCUUUUAUCUAUCAUUUACUUAGGCAUCGAAGCAAUUGUUACUCUGGCUAUCAUUUUUACAGUCCGUAUUUCGAAACUCAUACGUAAACGAGGCUAGUACUUGUAUAUAGCGAGUUCUGUAAUUUAAAUUAGUUUUCGUCGAGUAAAUAAAAUAAGCGUUAGCGUUUAAGUGCAAGAAAAUUUUUGAAGGCGAGUUGUUAAGAAUUGUUUUUGUAUAACUUAAUAAAUAUUGAUGAAAUGUACAAUAACCAUUUCUACGUUUAAAUUACUGAACCACCUUUUUAUACUCGUAACAUUAAUUGUAAUCAUAAACAUGCCUAGAAAGUCUUUUGUAAUAAGCGUAAAUUAUUGAUUUAUAAUAUAUUGAGAAUUAUAUUAGAGCGUAUGAUAUCGUAGGUUAUAAUAGGCCGCUUAAUUCUGUUUGAGACUCGAAGCCUUAGUGUUAGAAAUUGAAGACUUUUAUUAAAAUAAAGGACUAACUGUAUUUACAGAUGAUUGAAUUGAAAGAAUAUCCACUACUUUUAUUAAAGUAUAAUGUUAAGGUAUAGUGCGUUAUGUCACGAUCACAAUACUCGACUAUACAUCACAUAGCUACCUAAGCGUAGUUUGUAAAUACAUUAUGCCGGUAAGUUGAGUUCAAUCUACCACACGGAGAUUUCAACGCGUGUACAUUGUAAUGUCCCUAUGGUUUAACACUGUGACAUUUUUGGAGAUCUGCCUACGUAUUUUAUCUAUCAUUCAAAUGAUUUAUUAAAAUACAAUACAAGCUUGCAUCGCUAUAAUACAAGUAGAUAUAUUUGCGGUAAACUUAUCUAAUCGCUUAAUUUUCUUUUUUGUGGUUCAAUGGAACAAUUUUACUAAUACUUAAUUAAAUAUUUCCGCUAGCUCUUGAAAAAUGUCACGGUCCAUUCGAUUUUCAAACACUUCUAACCCAUAUCCACUCUCUUGAACCAUAGACUAAUUAGACAGCUUUCGUCAUAAAUUAACUCUUCGUUUUAUGUUCGUAAAUCAAGGACCACGAUGAGACAAAUUGAUGGGAGAGCAGUUAAUGGGAAGUGCCUAUAUAAAUCACUCGAAACUAUGUACUGUGUAGUUUUUAUGGCGUACCUACUCCCGAGAACCUGGCCUCGUACGCUUCUUUAGCGUGCCUUUAGUACUUGUUACCGGCCAUUAGAAAUAUACAUGAUUGAAACUGGAACGGGCGUUUAAAUAUUUUAAAUAAUAAGGCAUUUGUAAAACAGAAACUCGCGGCAUGGCGCUACCCAGUUAAAGUAUCUACAGACGGCUGUACCGGACCGCGACCUUGGUGCCUUGUACUCACGUUCGAUCGUGGGUAAAAUGGUCCGCCAUACGUGCGUUAAGGUUGCAGUUAUAAGUGAGAGCGAGAAGGAGAUACUUUGACCGCACCAAGGUCGCGCAACACAAACACUUCCAACAAUAUGUUUGGUGGGUUCUCCCGAAAAUGCGGCCGUUCCGUUUCACUCCACAUAGCCCCGGUACAGAUAGCUCCGUUUCUAUUUAAUAAAAUAGUUUGGAAAUACACAUUAUACUUACCUACCACCUAAUUCAACAUUCAAUAAGUUAAAUUCUCAUCAACUUUUAUAAGAAAUCUCAAAUUGUUACCCGCAUUUUUUUGCUUUUUAGAAACUCCAUAGAUAAGUAGGAGUUUUGUAAUAUAAUGAUAAUGCAAAAACGCAAAUGCAGUGAUAUUAAGAAAUGUUACACCGUAUUCGCUGCCCGUAUUUAUAGAGUGCAAUUUUUUUAUAACUAGAAACAAAUAGAUUGAGAAAUGAUGAUUUGUAAAAUAUAAAAUGAUGAAGUUUCAUGAAAUCAUGUUAUAUGUUACAAGCAUCACUUCUAAUGUUAUGAUCAUUUUCUCAUUAAAAUAUUAUUAAUAUGCUAAAUAUUUUAGCAAAGAAUAAAAUGUAUUCCUUUUCUUUAGUAAAUAAAAUAUUGAAACUUUAA